AUGACUAAAUCGCCUUCGUGGACGCCAUCGGCUCGCGUGGGUGCGCAACCACACCAGUACAUCGAUCGAGACGACCCCACGAACGAAGCAGAUCGCCGGAACGACCCUCGCUAUCAUCACCAUGAUCGACGCAGGUCAAGAUCCCCGCAAAUGCGGCAAUCAACAUCUCAUCCAGACGAUGUGCCAUCCCGCGCCGUAGUCUGGAAGGAUCUGCGGACACCUCGAAACAACCAGGAUGACCACUCCUCAGUUGCAGCAACAUCGCAAGCCUCCUCGAGCCGGUCAACGCCGAGCAAGCCACCUACAACGGCUGUCAGCAAGCGAUUUGCCGAUAACAUCGACAGGUGGAAUCGGAAACAAUCCGAGCUACACGCAAGCCAGCCUUCCGCGUCCGAGGUCAUCGUGAGCAACACCCCUGACUCUUCGGCAGAUCCGAGAGCCAACAUCCAGCCAGUUUCCUACACGAAAGAAGGCCAACGAAGCACUGCUCCGGCCUCCACAGAGCUUUCCGAUGCUGAGCUGACUACCUACGACUACAAAGACGUCCAGCGUGUCGCCUGUCUCCUAUGCCAACGCAAGUUCAAGAGCCUCGAUACCCUUUAUCGACACGAGAGCGAGUCAAAGUUGCACAAGGACAAUCUCGCAAGCACUCAGGCAUGUCGACAAGCUGUCGCCAGAAAGCUCGACCUUUCCGUGCAGCCUGAAGACACCCGCGGGGCCCUGUCUCCGGAUCACGUUCCUGCGCUCUCGGAGCAAGCCCAGCAACCGACUGUUGCGUCAAUAUACCGAGAUCGCGCAUCAGAACGACGAGCCGUCUUCGGCGCAGACAACCCUUCGAAGAACACUGGCUCCAUCCAACGGACCAAAACGUUUGACGGCCCGGAGGCGACAACCUCCACAAUUGGCUCAAACGAGGUGCUGCCACAGUCUGCGCCGGCAAAGCCGAUCGAGAGCGACAAUAUCGGCAAUAAGCUUCUCGCCAUGAUGGGCUGGUCGCAGGGUCAAGGCCUUGGUCUCAAACGUGAAGGUAGAACCGAUAUCGUCGAGACGAAGAUCUACAAGCCAGGCGCAGGGCUGGGUAGCAGCACUCCCAGCGAUAGCGUCACAUCAGUGCGAUCGAACGUCUCUUUUACAGGCUACAAGGAUCGUGCGAAAGAUCGUGAGUAUUCGUUGAUUAUCGCCAAGUGCUCCUGA